AUGCCUAACGAGGGCGGUUUCUUGAGGAAAUCCUCCAAUGUACCCAAAGCCUAUAGGAAACGGUUCACAGGCUGGUUUAAUAAGGAGAGGCAGGCGAGCUUGCAUAAUUGCUUGAUUAUCGGUAUUGAUUUCGGAACCAUGUUUUCAGGUGUCUCAUGGGCAACGGUGGCUGGAUUUGAAGAGGACAAUAUCAAUAUCAUCACUAAAUGGCCGGAGACCAACAAAGAACAAGUGAAAGUGCCUACUCAACUGUACUACGAGUAUGGGCCUGAAGUUCCUCCUUGA